AUGCCUGCCGUUGGUGAUCAACAUAAGCUGAAUGGCAACAACACGUCGAACCCCUUCGAGGAGCAAAAGCCACGAAUCGCAGAGUAUACCGCUCAAGAGAUUGCCACACUACAGAGUCGACUAGAUAGACAAUUAGGACCAGAGUUUAUCUCUACGCGAGCGGGACCGGGAGGUUCAAGAGUGCACUAUUUAGCAGCAGACAAGGCAAUAAGCCUCGCAAACGAAGUGUUUGGCUUCAAUGGCUGGAGCAGCUCAAUUCAAAACAUUCAAAUCGAUUUUGUUGACGAGAAUCUCCAGACUGGCAAGAUCUCCCUCGGCCUCUCCGUUAUUGUCCGCGUCACAUUGAAAGAUGGCACUCAUCAUGAAGACAUUGGGUAUGGACAAAUCGAGAAUUGCAAGGGAAAAGCAGCAGCUUUUGAGAAAGCCAAAAAGGAGGGCACCACAGACGCAUUGAAACGGGCGUUGCGAAAUUUUGGCAACGUACUGGGAAAUUGUGUAUACGACAAAAAUUAUUUGGCCAAAAUCACCAAGGUGAAGGUUGGAGCUACGAAAUGGGAUCCGGAAAUGUUGCAUCGACAUCCGGACUUUGCCCCCAAGAAACAAGAAGAGGAGAUGAAAUCAAAUGGGCCCGCUCCUGCGCAAGAAGCCCCAAAUGAAUUCGAUGACACCUUCGACCUGGCCGAUUUUGAAGAGGUGGACUUUGAUGGUGUUGAUAUGGAACAUCCGGAGGAAGUGGCGUUGCCCGCCGAACCAGCAGAAUCAAACGGCGGACCAGCUAAUGGUGCUCCAGAGCGGAUGCUCCCUCCGGCGAGGCCAGAUUUGACCACACCAUCCAAAGCUCCUGUUGUCAGUGGGCCAGCCCCACGGCCUGCAUCAACAAGAUCAGGUCCAAGUAAUGGUUCUCUCAAUAUCAUUCCUCAACCUCUGCCCGGUCACCGGCUUCCAGCUCCCAUGGCUCCAGCUCCCAAACCGACAACAGGGACAGAUGAAACAUCUCGGCCAUCCUCUCCGGCCGGAGGCCCGCAACAUUUGGCUCCUCACCCACCCGGACAAGGGCCUUCUGGAGCCGCAGGAUUUCCUCGUCCGGCAGGAUUCUAUUCGGCGAGAGCGGCUGGAAACAUAGAUGCCCACAACAAUGUCAUCACAUCCGGGCCGGCCACCGCCCCCAAGUUCAAUCCUCACGCUGAAAGUCCGUCGAUCCGCAAAACGACGGGUGUGAAUCACAACAAAUCUGUCCCAUUGAAACGUGAUUUGACGGUUGACAUCCCCAAACUUCCGGCGCCCAAUGUAGUCCAUCCGCAGUCUGAUCAGAGCAGAAGAGUUGGUGCACCGGGUCCAAAUGGACCAUUUUCAACCGGUAGGGGACCUAACACAUCUGCAUAUCGUCCUCCAACAAGGCGAGGGCCGGAUUCGAUAGCUGGGCCCACGACAAAUCCAGCCGAGCCUGAAUGCUUCGAUCGGGAUUUAUCGGCAGCCAAAAGAACACCGCUUGGGGAUGUGAGCAAUGUACAGCACAAUGUGACGGCAGUCACAGCUGAUGGGUUAGACGCGAAAAGGCAAAGGGUGUCGGAGACAGCCAUAAAUGGAAACGAGGCCACAAAGAAUACUAACCAGAGCAAUGGUUGA